AAAAGAGUAUAAAAUAAAAAAUCCAUCCAAACCAGAGACAGAUCUCUCUGUCAUCAUUGAACACACCUUCACUUCACUUCACUCCACUCUUAUUAGUGACUCGGACACUCUCUCUCUCACUCGUUUGUUCUCUGAUCUCAUUUCAAUCAAUAAUCAUUCAUAGAUUAAUGAAAGCAAGGGUUUUUGGGUUUUGGAGGAGAUAUGACAACUCUUUCUCCCUUACUUGCAAUAACCCCAUUAUGCUUCUGUAACUGUGGAUCCGUAGAAUCAUCUAAAUCGAUUCAUUAUGUCUGUAAAACUAAAAAAUCCAGACCCACAAGGCGGUUUGGGAGGAUGGAUGUUGGUAAAGAUUCGAGAUUGUUGUUUGCUAGAUCAAGAGUUGCUGCCCAGCCAACUGAGCAGAUGAUGUUUACUUCAAGCAAUCCAUUAGUUGACCAACUAAAGGAAGUUUCGACUUAUCGAUUUCGGACGGAAAUUGGUGGUCAUGUCAAAAUUUCUGUUGGGAAGAUAAACGGGAAGUAUGCAGUUUAUGUUGAAGUUUCAUCCUUGGAAUUGGGUGCUAGUGAUAGUAUUAGUCUGAUGCUUAUCUGGGGCAUAUACACGUCUGAUUCGUCAUGUUUCAUGCCUCUUGACUCAUCCUCUCAUGCCAGGACCAGAGAGACUCCGCUCUUACAGAAUUCUUGUGCUAGGUUUGCUACUGAGUUGGAGUUUGAAGCUAAACAAACCCCCUUCUACCUCUCAUUUUUUCUCAAACCUACAUCAAGUGUUGUGGAAAUCAGGAAUCAUAACAAGUCUAAUUUUUGUGUUCCGAUUGGAUUUGAUUCUGGUUAUCCAACUCCACUUGGUCUUUCCUUUUCUACUGAUGGUUCCAUGAAUUUUGCAUUUUUUUCAAGGAACGCGGCGGGUUGCGUUCUAUGUUUGUAUGAUGAUAGUACAUCAGGCAAGCCUGCCUUAGAGCUCGAUCUAGAUCCAUAUGUUAAUCGAUCAGGUGAUAUCUGGCAUGCCUCACUGGAAGGUGCAUGGACUUUUCUGAGCUAUGGUUAUCGAUGUAAAGGAGCUGCUCUUCAGAGUGACGCAGAUAAAUUUGAUGCUGGCCGUGUUCUUUUGGAUCCAUAUUCUAAAAUUAUCAUUAAUUCCGUCACAGAUAAUGUAUCUGGCCUGCUGCCUAAGUAUCUGGGACGAUUAUGCAAAGAACCUGUUUUUGAUUGGAGUGAUGAUGUUCCUCCUCACUUGGAAAUGGAGAAACUAGUUGUUUAUCGGGUGAAUGUGAUGCGUUUUACAAAAGACAACUCUAGCCAGAUAUCCAGUGAUGCUGCAGGGACCUUUGCUGGUUUGAUUGAGAAGUUAAGUCAUUUUAAGAAUCUUGGUGUGAAUGCAGUCCUAUUAGAGUCAAUAUUUCCGUUUGAUGAGCAAAAGGGGCCGUAUUUUCCAUGUCAUUUCUUUUCACCAUCAAACGUUUAUGGUCCUUCUAAUGGCUCCGUGGCUGCCAUUAGCUCGAUGAAAGAGAUGGUAAAGAGAUUGCAUGCCAAUGGGAUAGAAGUUUUGCUGGAAGUUGUUUUCACCCAUACUGCUGAAGCUGGAGCAUUACAAGGAAUUGAUGACUCAUCCUACUAUUGCACCAGCAUUACUACAGGUUUGGACUCACAAAAUGCUUUGAAUUGUAAUCAUCCUAUCGUCCAAAGGGUGAUUCUGGAUAGUCUACAGCACUGGGUUACUGAGUUUCACAUAGAUGGUUUCUGUUUCAUAAAUGCUUUAUCUCUGUUGAGGUCGUUUGGUGGUGAAUAUUUGUCUCGUCCUCCCGUUGUUGAAGCAAUAGCCUUUGAUCCAUUGUUCUCAAAGACAAAGAUCAUUGCAGAUUGUUGGGAUCCCAAAGAACUGGAGGCAAAGGAAACUGCCUUUCCUCAUUGGAAGAAAUGGGCUGAAAUGAAUACAAAAUUUUGUUACGAUAUAAGAAAUUUUUUGAGGGGUGAGGGUCUUCUUAGUGACCUCGCAACACGGCUUUGUGGGAGUGGGGACAUCUUUUCUAGCGGACGAGGCCCAGCCUUCUCUUUCAAUUUUAUCACCAGGAACUUUGGACUUCCUCUUGUGGACUUAGUCAGCUUCAGUGGCGAUGAGUUAGCUUCAGAAUUAAGUUGGAAUUGUGGAGAAGAAGGACCCACAAACAAAACCACUAUCCUUGAAAGACGACUGAAACAAAUCCGUAACUAUCUCUUUGUUUUGUUUGUUUCACUUGGUGUUCCAGUUCUAAACAUGGGAGAUGAGUGUGGCCAAUCUUCUGGGGGUUCCACUUCAUAUGGUAGCAGAAAACCUUUUGAUUGGAAUGCGCUGUCAACAGGUUUUGGUAUCCAAACCACACAGUUCAUCUCAUUUUUGAGUUCCUUGAGAAUGAGGCGAAGUGACCUCCUUCAGAAGAGAAACUUUUUGAAGGAAGAAAAUAUUGACUGGCAUGGAAGUGACCAGAAUCCCCCAAGAUGGGAAGAUCCAUCCUGCAAGUUCCUUGCCAUGACACUGAAGGUUGACAACCCAGGGAGUGGAUUGAGCUCUGAAUCUUCCCAUGUAGAGGGUGACAUGUUCAUUGCUUUCAAUGCAGCGGGACGCUCAGAGAGUGUCACUCUACCCGAAGUCCCUGAAGGGAUGGCAUGGCAUCGCUUGGUUGAUACAGCUCUUCCAUUCCCAGGGUUCUUCUCAAAUGAUAGUGAGCCUGUCAUUAGGCAGCCUUAUGAAAUGAAAUCUCACAGCUGCAUACUGCUUGAAGCCAACAUCCAUGAUGAUUGAUACCGUCACUCUCAUUUUCUUCGACACUCAAACAUUUGCAAAUAUAGGAUCAGAACUCUUUUCUUGUAGAUUAAUUCUAUUAUAUGGGAUUGUAAUGCGGAAAAUAAGGAUGUUUUUCCAAUACUGCGAGUGCAUACUUUCGUUUCUUUCAAUGAAUUUAUUAUCUGUAAUUCGUUUUA